AUCUGGGGCUUCGGAGUGGCGGACAUAGCCGUCUGCAUACGACGCACCUAUCCCGUUUUCUUUAUAAACCCAGGCGUCACCCAUGCCAGACAGCAAACUUCGAACCCUCAGUUAUCCUCGCAUACUCUCCUCCCUCGCAACCGUAAUCCGUUCUGUCCGCUAGUCAUGGCUCACAUUAACGCUGAGCAGCGGAAGCAACUCUACUCGCAGGAGUUAGCUGCCUACACCCUUCGUCAAUGGCAGCAAGUCCGUCAAAACCUGGAGAAAGGGUCGAGUCCCGACCUCAAGACCAACAGAACGCCUUCAUCCCUUUCCCAAGAGUCUAGCUCGGACGGUGCUAAUAAAGGGGUACAGGCCACGGACUACGCUCACAGAUCACAAAGGCGUACACACGAUGGCGAAAAUUUUAGGCAGCAGCAGCAUGCCAUCGCCCAGCACUAAUCCCGCCGGAGGCCAUGGAAUACCUUACUCGGCUGGCCUAUAUAAGCUCAUCUGACGCCAAAUCGCCGUGGCGUCAGCCCUUCGUCUUCCCCACUCUCGCGCAUGGCUUACACGCGCUUUACGACUCGGAUUUUUUAUCCAUCGCUUCUCUCGACAUGUUUCACUGCAUCUCCCGCACCUCACUCGCACUGUGCAAUCAGCUGGACUCCGCACUUACAUAUUUUUACCGCACUCGAUGUUGUACUAUAACAUAUAUUUAUCAUUUGAAAGCUCCUCUCGGAAACGC